ACAAGCAGUCGAUCAAGUCGAUGCACGUUAAGAAGCACGCGCGCAGCUUUUGUAAAAUCGUGCUUGUGUGCCGUCGAAGAUGUCGUCGACGUUGAUCUAACGACAGAUCGUCAACGAUGUCCCUUUCGUGCUUUCGCUCGUUGCCCGGUAGACUGUCGUCGCUCGUCAACGGACGGAAACCGUCGUCGAGGCUCGACCGUCACCGGCUUCGCGAACACGUUGAGUCAUCCGUUUUUCUAAAACAGUUUUUGGGUACACAAAGAGCAUUAUCACUAAGAGCAAAUACUGCAGACAAACCAUCGAUACCUUAUGUGAGUUGUAUAUUGCAUCCAAAUUUAUCAUUUGCAUCUCUUGACACUUGUAAUCAAUGGAAUAAGAAAGUAAACAGACAAUAUAUUGAUGACAAGACUAAGAGCGAGACAACGUAUUGGGGUCAGAGCUUGCAUAGGCUUCAUAAUAGAUCCCAGAGAUCCAAUGUUGCCCUCUCAAAAAACAGAAAAUACAUAACUCCCAUAGGAAUUGCAUCAAACAAUGUUACUGUGUUUCAGAGACAAGACGUUGUAGGAAAUGAUAAAAAUAAUUCGUUUCUAGAUAAUAAUAGAUUAAGUUCUUUAGAAAACUUAUAUAGUUGGGAAUCAAAUAUUGACAGGAAUAUUUUAUUAACUUCUGAUGAUAAGAACAUUUUAAAGACAAGCCCACAACCAUCACCAUUGCAAGAUAAUGAGGGUAAACCAUCACAGGAACAAUUGCAAAGCAUAGUCGAUACUCUUAGUAAAGAUUUACCAAACCUGUUUGUAAAACCUCAGAAUUUUUCAAUAUACACCAAGGAUUUUAUUUUUAUUAAUAAUAUUAGAGGAGUAACGACAAGGGGAAUUACAGAUUAUGCAAAACAGUUGAUAUUGUUAAGGGUCAUUGGUCAUAUAAGAUUUGCACACGUCAAGCUCAAUAUUUUAAAGCUUACAACGCAUAGUGAUGAUGGUACUAUAAAGAUUCGUUGGCGUAUACGAGGUGUCACAGGCUGGAAGGUAAUCUCCAUGUUUUGGAGAUAUAAAAUUUGGAAAAUACAAGAUGCCAUAGAUGCUUACCACGACAUAUGGUAUGAUGGCUUCUCUACUUAUUAUAUUAAUGGCGAUGGGAAAGUCUACAAGCAUGUGGCAGAUAAAGUGAUGCCCGAUCAGGACAUAGUUGCAAAAAAAGAUGAUCUACGCAUGGCACCGAAAUUAGCACUAUUCAAAAAUCUACUGGAUAAUGCAACAAGAACUUCAUUGAAUUGAAUUCCGAUUUAAAAUUAUAUGAAUUCAAAUAAAUAACUCGGCAAUAAUCGUCGUGGAAUUAUGUAAUUUUAUUUAAAUUGUCACAACGAAUCAAGAAUGCUUUUUUCAUGAAUCGAUAAUUCUGAAAAUGUAUGCUGGCAUAUUAGUUUAUUUACAAAUGUAUCAUUGCAUAACAAUGAUUGAUAGUAAAUAAGAGAGAUAUAAGAAUUAAAAACAUGUAUAUAAAUUGUAUCUUGUAUGAAUUACCCAUA